AUGGAGGCUGUGGUAAAAAAUUAUCAGCAGAAGUACAGAAAAGUCAAAGAUGAAAUGGAUAGCUGGGAAGAGCUUCAGUCUAGAUUACUUUCACAAUUCUCAAACGCCUCUUCCAUUGUUCAAAGAUUACAGGUGAUUCAUAAAUCUAGAAACUAUGGUGGUUUGAAAUGUAUUGAGGGCAUUGAAGGUGCUGUGUUGGCGAAGCAAAUGGAGUCUCUGCAAACCAUCUUGCUCUCUAUGAAAAAGACCUUGGAAUAUUUUCAUGGGGUAGUCUUAUCAAUUGAGAAGAUUGUCCGUGAUAGCAGGCAGCUAGUAAAAGGGGGGUCUGCUCAAUUAACCACAAAACAGCUGAAGCAGCAAAUCGGCGUGAAACCAAGUGUUGCAGAUUGUUUGGAUGGACUUAGACUUCUUGAAGAGAUGCACCAAUCCGAGUACCAUCUUAAAUUAUCUGUGGUGUCAGCACUUCCUGAACUUGCAUUGAAACUCAGUGGUGGUGAUGGUGAUCUAGAUGCACUUCGGCAACUCCUGGUUGAUCAACCUAAUAUUCCCAGAGAAGAAGUGCAAUUAAAAUUUGAUAUGGUUUUUGCUGAAGAAAUCUGUUAA